AUGACGAAAGAAGUCACCGGCGUUGCGGAGAUUGGCACUGCCAAGGAUGAAAGAGUCGCUCAGUACGCUCGCUUUAUUUUGGCCUUGAAUCUGCAACACAUCCAAGACAUCUUAGACAAUAGCUGGGCAUUCUCAAUUGCGUUGGCAUACGGCAGCAGAAGUGUGCCGCCACGCUUUGGCAGUUCUGGAUGUACUCUGCACCGAAUGGAAGACUAUGCUGAUUUCAAUCUCAACGGCGGCGACCCGCAAAUGACCAGCCACAUUGGCGAGGUGACCACGCUAUUUAAACAAGCAGCAUUUCCUGGCUUUUACCGCAUCUGGUGUGGUUCACAUCAAUUGGACUUGAAGUUGCGAUCGUUCUACGAAGAUUUGAGGAAAUUUUUUUAA